UCUCUCAAUCUCUAUACCAAGCGUCACCCAAACCCAAAAUUUCUCAGAUCUGGAGUUCCAUGGAUACUCGUCUCACCGACUCCGAACUCAGCCUAACCACCUCUGCCACCGACUCUGAAAAGUCGUGGCACCUCCUCGCCCUCCUCCUUUCGCUUGGCCGCACGGCUCGCCCCACCGAGCUCGCUUCCCGAUGCGCCUUGUUCUCCGUCUCCCCUGAGCUCAUCGAGUCCCUCUGCUCAAUCCCUGGCUCGCCGCUCUUCUUCACCCGCGAUCUCUACGUCACUCUCUCUCCUGUCGCCCUCUCUGCUCUCGCGGGGCUCACGGCGAAUUCGAAUUUGAUAUUUGACUUGACGCCGCGGAUCCGGAUGGGAGUGGGCGGGGCAAAUAGGUGUUGUGAUAAAAUGCACUCUUUAAGAAUGUACUCUAGGAAGCGCAAGCCCAUUUCGUCUUCGGUUUAUUCGCUAGACCCAGUGUCAAAACGAAAAGUGAUUUUGAAUUCGGGAGCUGCGGAAGAAGAGGAACCAGCGCGCUUGUGUAUACGGAAAACAAUUCAAUAUGUUUCUGCAAAGGUACCAUUUCAUAUGACUGACAAUAUGUGUAUGAGCAUAAAUGUGCCGCCAGGUGACAUGGAAGUAAUUUUGAAUAAGUUGAAGUUCACUCCCCCCAUGUAUCCUAAUUCCAGUAGAGGUCAAUCAACAUAUAAAGUGAAGAACCUUGAACCUUUAGAAGGUGACAAUAAUACAAGCAUGCUUCUACAAAGGAAGACUAACAUGCCAAUAAUGGCAUGUGAACCUGAUCCAGGACCAGCUCUUCCAAAUACCAUUUUGGAUAAUAUAGUUGUUUGCGAAGAUGCUGGAAAUAAUGAAAGUGGUCUCGGAAGUACGACAAAUUUCAGUAAAAUAUGUUGCCAAGGAGAUUUUAAAUAUAGAGAUAUAUCUCCUUUAGAGGCUGGAUAUGUCGAUGAUGAUUUUAGAGCUCCACAAGUUAAGAUAGUUGAAAAUGAAAGAGUUCGGGAAGGCAGGGAGAAUCAACAGUUUAUUGAUUCUGGAAGCCUUCAAGGGGAAACAGAAAGUCUCUUACUGCCAAUUAAUACUUUCCUUUUGGACAUUUUACCUGAAAAUGACUCGAAAGAGAUGAAGGUGAAUUCUUUUGAUAUGAUUUCUUCUUUAGAAAGAGAGCAUAAAGCUACACAUGUGGAAACUUGGGCUCUCUCUCCAGGAGCUGAUCUUUCUGUAGCUCAGAAGCAGUCAUUGAAAUCCUCUGCAAAAAUGAAGACAAAACACAAGGAUUGGAUGUCUUCAACACUGCAUGUUUCCUCCAAGUUUUUGGAGCGUAAUAAAGCAGUUGGUUCUCCCAAAGAGAAGCGGCAGUGUAGAAGAAAUCGGCUGUCAAUCAGCACGGUGAAGAAAUUAAAGCGUGAUCAUGUUGACAUGCGUAUUAAGGAGAAAAGGGAAAACACUAGUGUUCCUCCAAAGGAUCAACAAGAGACAAAAGUGAUUCCAAAUUUUGAAUCUUAUGUAGUAGUUGAAGAAGAAGGUUCAGGGGGUUAUGGCACUGUUUACAGGGCACGGAGGAAAAGUGACGGAAUUACCGUUGCAAUUAAAUGCCCUCAUGCAAAUGCUCAUAGGCACCAUGUUAGCAAUGAACUGAAGAUGCUGGAGCGAUUUGGGGGUAAAAACUUUGUUAUAAAAUACGAGGGUUGUUUCAAGAAUGGAAAUUUUGAUUGCUUUGUUCUAGAGCAUGUUGAGCAUGAUAGGCCUGAGGUGUUAAAAAAAGAAAUAGAUGUAUUUCAGCUCCGGUGGUAUGGCUAUUGCAUGUUUAGAGCGCUUGCAAGUCUCCACAAGCAGGGAAUAGUUCAUAGAGAUGUUAAACCUGGCAAUUUCCUUUUCUCUCGCAAGGCCAAUAAAGGUUAUCUUAUUGAUUUUAACCUUGCCAUGGAUUUGCAUUACAAGUAUGGGAACACCAGCAAGUCAAGGAUGGGACGAGAUGUAAGCAUCAAUCAUGUUAUGGUUCCCAAUUCCAAAUCUGUUUCUCCAACCAAAAGUGGGAAGUUCCCAACUGCUAAAACUUCAGAAGCAGUCAAGCUGGAGAGAGCAAGAGGUUCAAAGUCAACUUUAGAUCCAAAGGAUCUGAAAAGAAAGGUGUACGGGCAAGCAAAGGUUUAUAAUGACUUGGGUAGUUGGAAUGCAAUCAAAAGUCAAGAAGCAGAUGGGUCAGGCAUAACCUCAGCCAAGGAUGUGACAAGCACCAGGACGACUCCAGCAGAAAGGUGGAGGGAACCUAUGCCAUGCCAAGGUAGGAAGGAGCUCAUCAGCCUGUUGCAGGAGGCAAUGCAAAGCCCAAAUUGUGAGGCAAAAAGUGUUCCAGCUCCUAUGAGAAAGAGAGUUUCUGCCUCUCCUAGAGAAGUGGAUGGCAAGCUUGUAUAUAUUACUCCUAUGCCCCUGCAUUCAACUGUAAUUGAUGUUACUGGUGCUGGCUCAACAAAGAAAAAAGGGGAUGGAAAGCAGAAGAGAGAAGGCCCUUGUGUUGGAACCAAAGGCUUCCGGGCUCCUGAGGUCUUGUUCAAGUCUUUACAUCAAGGCCCCAAGCUUGAUAUCUGGUCUGCUGGGGUCACCUUACUGUACCUGAUUAUUGGAAGAAUGCCUUUUUUUGGUGAUCCUGAACAGAACAUAAAAGACAUAGCAAAGUUGAGGGGCAGUGAAGAAUUAUGGGAACUUGCUAAGCUACACAAUCGUGAAUCCUCAUUCCCAGUGGAUCUCUAUAGUACACAAUGUUUGCCAUCCAUAAAGCUACAAGACUGGUGUGAAACAAACACAAAAAGACCAGAAUUUCUGGAGGAAAUUCCAAAAUCCCUUUUUGAUCUUGUGGAUAAGUGUUUAGCGGUGAACCCUCGAGUGAGGAUUGGCGCAGAGGAAGCUCUCCAGCACGAAUUCUUUGCUCCAUGCCGUGAAGGUCUGAGAAGGGAGAGACUGCGGAGGCACAGUUUUAACUUGGAUUCUGGAAGUAGCCAAUCUUUAUAUACACAAAACAACAUUGAACCUGUGAACAUUUUUGGGGACCAAGCUUGAUCAGCGAUAUGGAGGGUUUCUGCUUUUUUAAGCCAUGUAUUUUGGCUCUCAGCCCUUAGGUUUAUGAUAUCAAUUUCCAUUGUAAUGCUGUAAAAUAUCAGCCAUGCUUUUUCCAUUUAGCUAGAUUCCUUUUAUCACCUUGUAUAGUUUCCUUUUGUAGUUUUGUAUCUCUUUCAAUGAUAUGAAUUCAAGUGCUAAGAUAUUGUAGAAUUAGAGAAUAGAGAUGUCUAAUCAAUGAGCAUUGUUAUAUGCUAUAUUCCUAUCUCA